AUGGCUACUGACUACGAGCAAUGGCGCGAAAAGCAAGGGCCUUCGUUACAGAAGGCCUUCUUUACUGAUAUCGGAGAAGAGAUUCACGACAAAACCGCCCGCCUCUUCAACAAUCUUGAAAGCGAAGGCAUCAUCAACACUGAAUCGCGACCUUUGAGUAGCACAAUCGAAGUUGCCGUGUCUCACAUCCACGAUGAGACAGAAAUUCUUUGUAAGCGUUUCGAAGAGAGGCUUGCUGUAGAUAUAAAACCAUGGCUUGAACAAAGAGAGGGGGUGUGGGAUCAACGGAUCAGAGAUAUGAUAAAAAAUCACAAGGACGAGUUGAGCAAGGUACAGGACUACGAAGAAGAAUGGCAUGAAAAAUAUGAGAAAAAGGAGAAAGAGAUGGAAAAUAUCAUGAAACAGAUGGAAACGCAGAAAGCACAACACCAGCAGCAACUUCGGGACAAGGAUCGAGACUUUGUGAAACAAGUAAAGCAGUGGGAUAAAGAACGAAGCGAACUAGAAACACACAUUCAAGAGGUCGAACAGAUGGCGGUGAAGUACGAAGAAGCGAAAGAUAAAGCAGACGAAGAGCGCAAGAAGGCUUACGAGGACUUGAACCAUGAACAGAAGUCCAGCACACGCAACACUGAGGCUCUAAAGGAGUUGGAAAACACGCAACGGCAGAUUUUGGCAGCCCAGAUGGAGGCUCAAGCAGAGUUGGAGGUAUCGAAGGCUGAACUCAACAACAAGGAUAAACUCAUUACGACGCUUCAGAACGAAAACAGCAAACUAAAGGACCAGAUACCGGAGCUAGAGAGCACAGUCGAGGAUCUGCGAGACGAGGCCCGGGCUAAGGAGGAAGAGCUAAAGAAGGCCGCAAAGCACCUCAGCAUCGCACACGCGAGAAAUGAGGCUUUUGAGAACGACAAUGCUGAUGAGGCUGUGCUCGCGUCUCCCUCAGACUCCCGCACAGGGUCUGGAGACUCUGCCAUGGUAGGACACACAAACCUGUUCGACCAGCUGGGCGAAGCCUUUGGGCAGCAGAGCGACAACGAGGCGGGUAGUAGGAACUCUUCCCGCCAACCCUCAAUUCCGGCGCCACCACAAGGCCCAGCCCCUGUUUAUCCUGACUUGCAACCCCUUGGCGACUUUAUCUUCCCGGCCCUGCGGCAGGUUGUCCGCAUGCUGCAUACUGACCACAAGGACCCUUGCGACUGGGAAGAUCUAGCCGACGACACAAUGGACAGGGUCAACAUUUUGAGAGCCUUCGGCGCCAUGCUUUCGAGCCUGAAAUAUGACCGGGACUUUGAAACCAAGAGUAUCAUUUCCAAGGUUUGGAAACUCCUCGCCGCUCUCAGGAACACGGACGACAAGGAUCAUAAAGCUACUGAGCACAUGUGGAAUGGCAUCGAGGCAGCGGAUCAGUGGAGGCUGGACCAGGAGCCGCGCGAGAAAGAAGAGCUCAAGAAGUUGCGCAAGGAGACCCAAAGCUGCAGCGAGAAGCUUACCGAGCUGGAACAGGCGAAGGCUGAGGUCGACGGGAAAUUGAGUCAGUACAGGAUGUCUCCGGAGAUGUAUACCUUGCGCUUGAGAAGCGGCGCAGACACAAUCGUACAGCAGGCCGAAAAGAUCAGAGAUCUGGAGACCAGAACCGAGAAGAUGGAAGCGCUGGAAAAAGAGGUCCGAGAGAAGCGGGAUUCUCUUGACGAGUACGAUCUCGAGCCUGACGCGUAUCAUGCCAUCCAGGCCGCGUCCGCAGAAAAGAUUCAACGGUGCUUACUUCAGUCGAGGGCGCUCGAGAGGGAGAUCAAACGGCUCAAGAAGGAACUACAGAAGCUGAGAAAGGAGAGUGCCGCCAAGGAGGCCGCCGCCGCCGCGAAGGAAGCAGCCGCCGUGAAGGACGAGCAGAAGACCUCGGAGAACCUGGAAGAAGCCAAGGAUAAACUCCAACAGCACGUACUUGACUUGGCAAAAAGCAUCACCGACCACCUCGACACGCAAAAGAAACUUGAGGAGCAGAUUCAAGAGAAGGGCGACGAGAUACAACAGAAGCAAACAGAGCUUGACGAGUGUGUUGAGCACAAGCGGGACCUAGAAAGGCAACUGCAAGCGAAGGAGGACGAAGUCGAAGACCUCAAGUCCAAAAGGUCUGCCAAGUCCUCUGCGAGAAUCGAAAAGCUCGAGAACGAGAUCGAGGAGCUCAAGAAGAAGUUACAGGACAAAGAGGCAGAGAUCCAAAAGCUGGAUUCAACCAUCAAAGAUCUCAAGGACAACCUGAUCGAGGAGCAGGACCAAGCCAAUGCACUAAGGACCCGCCUAGAUGCUGACCGUUCCAAGAUGCAAGAAGUGCUUAACGAGAACGCCGAUAAGGACAAAGAGAUCCAGGAGCUCAGACGCACUUCGGUUGAGGAGAAAGAAGCCCUCCACAAGGGCCUCGUCUGGAACAGCAACGCUGCGAGCAAGCUGUCAUCAGAGAACGAGAAGCUGCUGCACGAGAACGAGGAAUUGGACAGAUACGUGAAGCAGCUGGAGCAGCAUAGCAGGAAUCUCACCGACUCUCUCAGAGACUGUGCAGAAGGUAAAAAACAUGUGUGCGACAAAGGUAUUGGCAAGGACGAGGACGCGGACGACGAGAGCGAUAAGAGUGAAGAAGGCAAGAAGGCUGACUGUACUUGCGGUCGUUUGACCGAUCUUGCCGGAUUCCAGAUGGAAGUGUCAGACAUCAUCGAGAGCUUCAACGAUAUCAUCCGCGAGGAACAGCGAAACAACCUCGUUGGCAGUCCAACUGCCUCCGACGAAGUACUCGAGCGCAGAAUCCGUGCCCUCGAGCAGGAACGCACCGACCUGAGGCAGCAACUGGCCACCCUCCGGCAGCUCAAGGACCAGGGCCAGGGCUCCGGCCCGGACCCUGAGAAAGACGCAGAGAUAGAGAGGCUCCGCAAGGAGUUGGACGAGUGCAAGGCGGCCGGCGACAAGCUGCGGCUGCUGGACGAGAAGAUCAAGCAGUACCGCAGCGACUGGAACGAGCAGAACGACAGGCUCAUCGAGUACUGGGAUGACAAGGGCUGCGAACCGCCGACUUUUGCCGAGGAGAUGGACAUCUACCUGCGCGCCGACCUGCGCAAGUACGAGACCCAGCUCGCCCGCCUCCAGGACGGCGGAGGAGACGAGGUCCAGAAGCAACGCGUCCAGCGGGAGAUCUACAAGCACCAGUGCCUCAUCGAGGCCAUCUCCUUCGACCGACUGUUCAUCGACAACGUGCAGGUCGCCUCUCUGCUCUACGGGCUCGACCCAGACGCGGAAGAGAUCGCAUGGGCGCUCGGCGACCGGAGCCGCGGCACCCAGACCGCGGGCGUCGGAGGCGACGGCGUCGGCGCUGCUGCGGCGGGCCCGGCGCCCUUCGGGUCGGUGCGCCUCUUUGGCCGCCGGGUCCGCUGGGGCUGGCUCCUCAUCAGCCUGUGCUUCACGGCGCUCGGCCUGCUGAUCUCGGCGCUGACGAUCCAGCUUCGCAAGCGGCGCGAGUGGGUCUACGCCAACGCCAUCACGCGCGCCAACCUCCUCAACGCAGGCUCCGGGGAGGCCAUCGGCCUGCCGCGGCUGGCGCUCAUGCUCAUCCUCGCUAUGAUUGCCUAUACCAACUGGAAGGAUAAUGGCGGUCGCCGCUGA